AUGACAAUCUUGGACGCGCUGUUUCCGGCAGUCCCGGAGAAUACUCCGAACCCAAACUCCAAACUGCUGUCAUCAUGCCUGGAGAUUGACAAGGAGAAGCACAUCGCGAUCGUAGGGGGCGGCCCGGCUGGGGUGCACAUGUCCGCCUGCUUGGCGGCAAAGGGCUACAAGGUCACCCUGCUGGAGUCCGAGCAGGAGCUGGGUGGGAAGUCACUGACGAUAUAUGAUCCUCUCCAACCAGCGGUUCCACAAGAAAUGGGCACAUGCUACAUGCACCCCGGCUACACCCCCAUCAGGAAGCUGCUUGAAGAGUAUGACAAGGACAACUUGGAGAUCAAUUUUGCCAACGAGAAGAAUGGCCGCAUGAUUUUCGGCUUGACUCUCGAUGACGAGUCCAAGCGGAAGUACACUGAAGGCAUGGAGUAUUUCGACUGGGUCUUUGAGCAGACGGAGAAAAGGAACGGCCUGGAACUCCUAGCGCCGAUCUUCAUCUACAGUCAGCAAGUUCAGGGCUACGGCAUCCUGGACAAGAUCCCCGCGUUCUACUUGCUGUGGUGGAUUCAUCCAGACGUGGCCAACGGCAGCAUCCGCUCAAUGCUGGGGUCGGAUGAGUUGCUGGUGUCCAUGCUGAAGAACGGCUACCAAUCCUUGUGGAAGAACAUGGCGAAGAGGCAUUCCGACCAGGUGAACUACAUCACAGGGGCUCAGGUUACCGCAAUUAAGCGGACGCCUUCGGUGGAAAUCAAGUACAUGCUCGGGGGCGAAGAGAAGGUUCUGGAAGCCGACAUGUUUGUGAGCGCCAUCGACAUGUACAGGUUCAGCCACUUGAUCACGGACCUGGACCCGGAGGAAAAGGAGGUGUUCUCCAAGUUGACAGAGUCGACUUUGGCAACGACGCUUUAUAAGGGAAAGACGGUGGCACACGAGCACACGGUGGAAUUUUGGUUUGCCAGGCAGGGGGUACUGACUUCUGACGGAGUGGGGCAGUUCCACGCGCAGCGGAACAGCCGCAUGGCCACCCGCCCGGAGAUCCCCGCUGUGGAUGAUACAGAACUUCGAGUGGCCUACCAGUACUCAGAAAAGCCACCGCAGUCCGGGGAUGCGGCGAAGCUGUCGCAGGCCCUAAUGGAGGGCCUCAAGACCUUCGCUGGCGAGCCGGAGGUGGAGAUCCGCUUGCAGAAGCCGUGGCCGUACUUCCCUCGUUUUGAAGCGCAGGACUUGGUCAAGGGCUGCCCCUGGAAGAUUUUGGAGAUGCAGGGGAAGCGCAAUACCGUCUUCAUCGGCUCCUCCGUUUGCUUUGAGAGCGUCCUCGACGUCGUGUGUUACAACCAGCUCUUGGCGCGCAAAAUCUGCGGCUAG